UUUACUUUCGGUUUAACGAGGAAGUAUUAUUCCAUUGUGUUUAAGUCCAGGAAUUAGGUAAAUCGAAAUAAGAAAUUAAAACGUCGUCGAAAGUGAAUAUUACUCGGAACAUGGUUUUGUAGGGGUCUGGCGUUUGGAAAAAAUAAUAAGAUCAUCUCCAUAUAAAACAGCACAGCCAAAUUUCAUGAUUUUACAACAGAUAAAUACCACAUAGUAAUACUUGUUAAGGAGUACUUACCACAGGACUUAACUUCAGAACAUGGAACAAAACACACACAGAACUAUUCUGCGAGCUAGACGACGGGGGCGGAAACCGGCCGGAAACAGUCCCGUUAACGCCGCGUCCGGAAGCACCAGUCCUAAAGUAGUUACAAAAAGGCGAGGUGAUGAUGAUGAACAUGAAGGAGCUUCGUCACUGAAGCGGAGCAAAAUUGAAGAAACACGACGUGAGCUGGAAAAGUUGCAAAUCGACUGCACAUCUUUCCGUCAGAAAUGGGAGGAGGAACAAAGGAAGCGACAGGAAGCGGAAAUGAAAUGUGAGAACUUUCAGCAGAAGUUUCUAGACGAAAAGAAAGCGAAAGACGAUGCGCUGAUGAGAUUAAGUUCGCUAGCUUCAAGCAAGUUACGGGACAACAACCCGAAUAUUGCGGACCUGAGUGACCAGAACCGGCCAACAAAGAUCGCGGAGAAGAUGUCCGAGCUCUAUGAUAACGAAUGGACAGACGCUUAUGAUGACUUGGAGAAAAAUAGUUCUGGAACUGAUAUUAUUUCGAUACUGCUUGGUGUAUUGAAGGAUACGUUUGACGAGUGCAGGAAAUUGGCCGUGGACAACUUUUUCGAACGAAUUGAAAAAGCCAUUAAAUACCCUAUCUUGGAAGAAUCCGAUACACCAGUUGCCUGCGAACUUCCCAAUGAAGUCAAACAACAGAUUAAAGAAUACAGGAAGUUAAAAUCACCAAAGUAUAUGGACCGUAUCAAAAACAUUUUGAAGAACAAAGUGACUCUACCGUCCAACUCGGAGGAUGUUCAGAAGUACUUCCGCGAGUGCGUCGAGGUGUGCUGGCUGGCGGCAGUCCAGGACCCGCCCCUUCACAUGCGGUUUAAAGUCAUCAACAGGAAGUUCAACUCGGAAAUCUUCAGAGACUACAUCGCACGAGGACCGUUCAUGGAUUUCAUGGUAUGGCCACCCCUUUUCCUGAAAGAGAAUGGGCCUCUACUCUCCAAGGGCGUCGCACAGGGCUGUAAAAAGUUGCAGUGACGUGUUGCCAGCUUGUCCCGGUCCUACCAGUCUCCAAAUAUGAAAUGGCUUCACAAACCAUUAUAACUUUAUGUGUGCCGAACACUGAAUGUGAUUUUGUAAAUACGGAUGUUGCGUUCAUCAGACGUUUUUUGUGUGUAGCAUUUUUUAGUAAUUUAGUUUUGGAUUUUAUAUAUGUUUAAAUGUACUCUUUUAAUAUAUGUAAUGGACGUCAAAUUUAAUUAAAGGUAUAUUUAGGAAAGAACGCAAAAACAAAAACAAUGAUCUUAACACAGUGGGGGUAGUGUUUUUAAAGUUGAAUAUAUUAUAUUACAUUUAUUGUUAAACAAUCGGACGCAUUCUUUUAAUAAUGAAAACGAAAACAAUGUUAGUAUUUUAUUAAAUAAAAAAGAGGAAUACA